CGGGACCAAUGAGCUUGAACAUUACUGCCAAGUAAGCCACUUCAGUAUCGCUGCAAGUGUUGAAGUCACGAAAACAGCUCUGACCAAGAACACCGGAGCUGUGAUUUUAAGAUGGACGGUGACAAGAACGAGGCCAAAGGUAAAGUCGGGGAUCAAGUCAUGCAGAAUCCUCAGGCUUUAGCAGCUCUUCAGGGCAGAUUAGACAGCGUCACUCACAUCCCCUCUGUCAUGGAAAGCUUACCCAAGUCUGUGAAGAGGAGAGUGAAUGCCUUAAAGAAUCUGCAAGUUAAGAGCGCACACAUAGAAGCCAAAUUUUACGAGGAGGUGCACGAUUUGGAGAGAAAGUAUGCUGCCCUCUAUCAGCCACUGUUUGACAAGAGAAAAGAUAUCAUAUCUGGAGUGAUGGAGCCCACAGAUGAAGAGUGUGAGUGGCAGAGUGACCAUGAGGAAGAGGAGGAGUUGGCAGAGGAACUAAAAAAGAAAGCCUCCAUAGAAGAGUCUAAACAGGAAGACACUGCAGAAGAGAAUCCUAAGGGAAUUCCGGAGUUCUGGCUUACCAUUUUCCGAAGUGUGGACAUGCUCAGUGAUAUGUUACAGGAACAUGACGAACCUAUACUUAAACAUCUAAAAGACAUAAAAGUUGUAUUUUCUGGUCCAGAUCAACCUAUGAGUUUCACGUUAGAAUUUCACUUUGGACCCAACGAAUACUUCAGCAACACAGUACUCACAAAAGUGUACAAGAUGAAGUCAGAACCGGAUCCUGAAGAUCCGUUCUCCUUUGAGGGUCCAGAGAUAGUGGACUGCGAGGGGUGUGAAAUAGACUGGUUUAAAGGCAAAGACGUAACAGUGAAAACGAUCAAGAAGAAACAGAAGCACAAAGGAAGAGGGACAGUGAGGACUGUAACUAAACAAGUUCCCAACGACUCCUUUUUCAACUUUUUCAACCCCAUUAAAGUGUCAUCAGAUGGUGAAUUGGAUGAAGACUCAGAGUUCACUUUAGCCACAGAUUUUGAGAUUGGGCAUUUUUUCAGAGAGAGGAUAGUUCCCAGAGCUGUGCUCUAUUUCACAGGAGAGGCCCUGGAAGAUGAUGAGAGUUUUGAGGAAGAGGAGUUGGAAGAAGGUGAAGAGGAGGACCAAGAUGAGAAAAGUGAUGAAGAUGAGGAUGAGGGAGAUUACGAUACAAAGGCCUAAGUCAUUCUCACCCUCAUGCAUUUCUAGGGUGGGCAGGCCCAGCCUGCUGAAUGCAAACAGCAGUAAACCUGAGAUUCCACCACUGCCACCCACUGGCCACACGUCCACUAAACUCAACUGGAAUCUGUUCUGCUGCAGCCUGCCUCUAGUCAGCUUGUCUUCGCUACACUCCCGAUCGGCAAACAAACGAGCCAACAAACAACAACGCAAAACGAGUGAAGACAAACAUAAAGAGAAACCUUUUAUCCUUUUUUUUUUUGUUUUGUUUUGUUUUGUUUAGUUAUUUUAAAUUUUAAUACUGCAUGACUUUCUUGCUCAUGGACUCAAUUCCCAAUAGCAUUACAAAGCACUGUAAAUAAAAUCUAAAUAGUAGGGCAAAAAAUAAAAUCUAAUUCACUUUUUUGUGGGUCAAUGCAUACUGGGCAAACUCUUGAUUUAAAUUUAUACACAUCCCGGAGGUCAUACUUUUUAUUUUGUAUCCAGUUACACAUUCCAGAGAUGCCCUUCCAUUAAAAUAAUAAUCACAUCCCCAGAGCUGAUUAAACCUUUGACUUGAUAUAAUUGUUUUACUCAGGGUUUUUUAAUGCCAAGAAAACAAUAUGUGAGCAUCCAACAUGGAACUGUCAACAACAAUAACAAAAAAAAGUUGAACCCACUUAAUGUUUUUUUUUUUCCCUUUUUUGUCAGUUUUAAAAUCUUUUUAAGUCUUGUUUCACUAAUUCUGAAGUUAUUUAUAUGAAUCAUAAUUUUUUUUUUGUAUGGUUUUGGUGUCUACGUGUCGGUCUUGCUGAAUUUGGUGGAUCCCUGAGAGAGGAGGGUGACGUAAUCUCUCUAAUGUAUGUAUGUACCGUACUCUGUGGAACUUAUAGACCCUUUUAGCGUUUUAACAACUGUACUGUUGCUUUACAACCUGGGCGCUUA